CUCCUGUACCCAAAACAGAAUUGGGGAAUUUGCGCGCGAAACGGUUACCCCUCCAAAUUCUCAUAUUCUAACAGUUUUCCCCGCCAAACCCCCUACAAAAGUAAAUUAUUUCUUUCUCUCUCUAAAAAAGAGUUGAAAACAAAACAAAGAAUCUCUCCGACACAAGCUCCGUCACAGUGAGUCUCAAAUCAAUAAAGCGAAAAUCCUAACCCUAACUCCAUCUCUUACCAACUUCAAUGCGUGUUCUUCUCUCCUAAGAAUCUCUCUCUCUCUCUCUCUCUCUCUAUAAGACCAUGGAUUGUUGAGAGAGGCUUGGUGCGAGUGGAAGCGAUGGUUGAUAACAGGUUGCGAAUCGAGGAUGAGGACGAAGACGACGAAGAAGAAGACGGCGGCGGUUUCAGCUCGAAGCCUAGAGUUUCGGUGGAGAGGAAUCGGCGGUCUCUGAAGUUGUCCUUCUCGUUCAUAGCCGAUGGACUUUCUCCCAAGUCUAAAUCUCUGUAUACGAAGCUUCCCUCUCAGCCUCUCAACCUCUCUGUCCUCAAAUUGGACGGCUCUUCCUUCGAUAUUGAAGUUACAAAGACAGCCACUAUUGCUGAACUCAAGGAGGCAGUGGAGGCGGUGUUUGAUCACAUGCCUCAGAAGGGACCAGGAAAAAUUUCAUGGCCACAUCUUUGGGGGCAUUUCUGCUUAUGCUAUGAUGGUCAGAAGCUAGUCACUGAAGCUGACCCUAUCAGAAAUUAUGGCAUCAAGGACGGUGAUCAGCUUCAUUUUAUCCGGCACAUCUCAAUCAGCUACAACUUGAGAAAGAAACGACCAAAGAAACGGGAUGUUGGUUCAAAGCAAAGAAAAAUGUCAUUAUCGCAAUCAAAUAGCUGCGAGGAAGGAGAACAAAAAGACAAGGAAGAUGACGAUUGUAGUGAUAUAGAGAAGGGGAAGCUCCAGCAUUACGACAAAAAAGAUCGUUGUUUGAUUAAACCCCGCAAGGCCAGGAUUGCUCACCUAUUGGGAGGGUGGUUCUUAUGCACCAGACAAGCAACUGUUAAGAGGAAGAAAGUUGUAGGCUUGGCUUGUCCUUCAGGAAUGGGCACUGGUUUAGUGGGUGGUUUUAGAAAGAUCAUAUGGUUUUGCAGGAAGAAACGCAAUUCUCGGAGGGAUAAAUGGAGAGAGGAUUGAUGCUAUUGCUUGUAUAGGUUAGAGAGGAUUCUUAUUUUCAAAUCCAUAAUGUUCUUCUGUUCUUAACAAGCUGAGAUUUGCGUUCUAAAAAUUUUGAAACGCAGAUGUGUACAUAGGCAACAAAAGAUCAUUCAAUGCUUGAUUGCACCAAUGAAAAGUUCAAACAACUAGUAUACAUUUUA